GUAGUAUAAACUGCCGCCAUCCUCAGCAAUGAUUGCUCCAUUACCCUCAUGGCAAAUGUUGCUUUUUUAAGCUAAAAGAUCAUUAUUAAACAUGUUAAAAGAGAUGCACUGAACAUAUUACAUUAAGUUUGAUCUUACAGUCAGUACAGACGGUAGUAUGUCGUCCCGUGAGAAAAGCAGAACAAAGUGAGAGUGUUUAGUGAUAAGAUAUACUGCAUAGAAGAAAUAACAGAUUGUAAAUAAAGAAGGACGGAGGGAGUGGAAAAGAGAGGUGAAGGGGGCAGAAACAGUGGAGAUCUUACAUUUACAGUAUGCUGUUCAAGCAGUGUGAACAUCAGCUCAUACAGGAAUCUGGAGUUUCAAUACUAUGUCGGUGAUCCACCUGCAGAAUGUAUGAACCUCGAUGGAAUACGAGAUGUGAUCAAAGCUGUUAGACAUUUUGCCCAUCAAAACACAAUUUCCAAUGAAACAGCUUUCAAAUGGUUCCCUUAAAUAUUUGAGAAGAACAGAUGAGGCGUGGAUUCAUUACUGGACUAGUUUGGAUAACACUAUUAAAGUAGGAAGACAAAGCUAUUCAUAAAAAAAAACAAUGAUGUCCACCGUCUUGCGCUGGUUGAUCCUGGUAACCUUCAUCGCUCUGACCAUUUCCGGAAACGUUCUGGUUUGCCUGGCCGUGGCCACCAGCCGGCAUCUGCGCAAAAUCAAUAACUGCUUCAUAGUAUCACUUGCCGUGGCAGACUUGCUGUUGGCCUUGCUGGUAUUGCCAUUUUCAGCCAUGUUGGAGUUACGCAAUGGGAGAUGGCCUUUAGGGGGAGUGCUUUGUAACAUUUACAUCUCGCUAGAUGUGAUGCUGUGCACAGCCUCCAUUCUAACACUACUGGCCAUUAGUGUCGACCGUUAUUUAGCAAUCUCAAGGCCACUCUGUUAUCCCAUGAGAGUCACGCCACCGCGUGUGGCCAUCACCCUGACAGGGAUCUGGGUGUGCUCUCUGGCUGUGUCUUUUUUACCCAAUAACCUAGGCUGGAACACACCUGACUUCAGAGUGCACAACCUGAACUGGCAUAUGUGGGAUGAGGGAGACGAAGGCAGGAUCUGCCGCUAUGAAUGGAAUAAUAAAUGUGUGCUGCUGUUCUCCAUUGGCGUCUUCUACCUCCCUCUACUGGUCAUGUGUGGAGUUUAUUAUCGGAUAUUCUCCGUUGCACGUGAGCAGGUGUGCCGUAUCCGGGCAGCCACUCCAUCCUGUGCUCAGUCUGCAUCUGCCUCGGUGCGGGAACACAAAGCCACAGUGACCCUGGCGGCUGUGCUUGGUGCAUUUGUCCUUUGCUGGUUCCCCUAUUUUACCUACUUCACAUACUUAGGCAUGUGGACGGACACAAAACCUUCCCAGGUGACCCACUCUGUGGUUCUUUGGAUGGGAUAUCUUAACUCUGCGUUGAACCCUAUUCUGUACCCAGCACUAAACCGGGAUUUCCGUCAGGCAUAUGGACAGCUGCUUCAAUGCAGACAACCUAAUAAAGGAAAAGCCUCCUGUUUUAUCCCCUUUCAAAUCAAACAGACUUUCGUGUCUAAACCGCAGCAGAAUGACCAGAAACAAAGCGAUCCAACUGAACAUUCUCAUCUCACGUUUUAAAAAAAUGCAGCAUUUUUUGCAGUGCCGGCCGGUGACUUCUUUUUUCGAGGGCGCUCGAUGCGAAGUUGGUCACAACAUGUAUGUAGCCCGUCAUGUGUGUGGUUCCUUUUUUCAAAAUAUGUGUUCUGCGCACCGAGAUAUCCUGUUUGCAUUACGUGUCUUGUCAAAAUAAGUGCCUGCUGCAGAUGCGUCUAAAGGGUUAAUGAUAAAAGAGACGCUCGCGUUUGACAAAUACUCGCAUAAUCUUAUGCGUAAUCAGAGUUUACUGUUAAGGGAGUGUCUUGUGUGUAUUUUGUGAACGUGAGCGUCUCUUUUAUCAUAAACGGUUUUGACGCGUGUGCAGCAGGCACUUAUUUUGACAAGACACGUGAUGCACAAACACAUAUUUUUAAAACGCAAGCAACACACGACACUCCAAA